UUCUUUUCUUACUUUUUAUUAUUAUUAUUACUUACUUACUUACUUAUGGGUAUUAGUUAUAUUUAUGAUAAACAACAUGAAUUGACUCUUCCAUCUUCUACUUCAGUUUCAUGCUUUACGAGUGAUCAUGUUCAACAAGAUCAAAGAACGACAUUAUGGAUGGGUGACUUGGAAGUUUGGAUGGAUGAACAAUUUAUACAGUCUUUAUUCAAUUCAUGGUUAGAUAAAGUUAAAGUCAAAGUGAUUCGUGAUAAAACAACAGGAGUUAGUGCCGGGUAUUGUUUUAUUGAUUUUGGAACCAAUCUGAUGGCUCGACGCAUGUUAAAUCUUUAUCAAGGUGAACGCAUAUCAAAUACCAACAAAUGUUUCAAAUUAAAUUGGGCUUCAGGUGGUUUUUUUGAUAAAAAAGAAGAUCGAUUGGAUGAAUAUUCUAUUUUUGUGGGUGAUUUACCUUGGGAUUGUACUGAUAUAACACUUUUUAAUCUCUUUCAAUCUCGAUAUCCAAGUUGUAAAUCAGCUAAAAUCAUGAUCGAUCCACACACAGGUUUAUCUCGAUGUUAUGGUUUUGUUCGUUUUCAUCAUCCUUUGGAUCAACAACAAGCUUUAAUUGAAAUGCAAGGUUUUAUCUUGGCCAAUCGUCCUAUUCGUGUUUCUGUUGCUACACCAAAACAUACAAAUAAUAACAACAAUACCAAUAGUACUAAUAGUAGUACUACUAGUAGUAGAAAUAGUAGUAAUAGUAGUACUCAUACUUCUCCUAUCUUCUCCUUCUCUUCUCCUGUACCACUGACAACUUCAACAAAAAUCAACAACAACAACAACAACAACAACAACAACAACAACAACAACAACAACAACAACAACAACAACAACAACAACAACAACAACAACAACAACAGCAACAACAACAACAACAACAACAACAAUAAUAAUAAUACAACAGUAUUUGUAGGUGGAUUAUCAACACCAUUACGUGAAGAUGAAUUACGACAUUAUUUUAGUCCAUUUGGUGAUAUUGUAUAUGUCAAGAUUCCUAUUGGAAAAGGAUGUGGAUUUGUUCAAUACGUAUCACAUGAUGCUGCGGUUUCAGCCAUUCAACAUAUGAAUGGAUAUCAAAUUGGUAGUUGUCGUAUUCGUCUUUCUUGGGGUCGAUCUCAACAACAAUUAACAACUACAUUAUCCAAAACGUAA